AUGCUGUCCUCUGAGGAUCAUAUAAGUGCACUACCGUGUGAUAUUCUUAUUCGCAUUUUAUCUCUUUUAACGCCACAAGAAGCUGGUAGAACAAGUGUUCUGUCAAAGCGUUGGAAAGGACUUUGGACGUUUGUUGUUGAACUUGAUUUUGAUUGUAAAGUGUCUAGCUUUGGUUGUCGCAUCUUCGAAGACCAGAGGCGCCGGUAUGUUGAAUGGGUCAAUCAGGUGGUGCAGUCUCACAAAGGCUUGGAAAUUAACAAGUUCAGGAUCUGCUUUGAGUUGGACAGAAACCUUCAAAACGAUAUCGAUGGGUGGCUUCGCUAUGCCUUCGCUAGGAAAGUUAAAAGCCUGGAAUUGGAUUUUCUAAUAGUUGGCAGCCCAUUCUUUUUGGUGCAGGAACCUUAUAGAAUGAUCCCUACUUGCCUGCUGGACCCAUGUAGUGAGAAAAGUUUAGAGGACUCUCCUUCUAGUGCCUUUGAACAAAGCAUUCAUACUCUUGAGCUAACCGGAUUUAAGUACCUCAAGUCAUUGCGUUUAGCAGGGGUAGAUGUGACGGGGGAGGAUUUUAAACUUUUCUUGCAUGUGUUCCCGUCUCUUGAACGCCUGGUAGUUUGUGGCUCACGCUCGCAAGAUUUGUUGGGUGUUGUAGUCACCGGUUCAUCUCUUGCUCUAAAAUAUCUGGAGAUAACCUAUUGCGAGCAUUUAGAAUCCAUCAUUAUACGUGAUGCAUAUCUUGUCUCCCUUAAUAUUACUCUGGUGACUAAUUUAUUGAUAGAAAAUGUUCCGAUGCUUGUGGAUGUGUGUGUUUCUGGAUGGCUGGUGAGAGAAAUAAUUCCGCAACUUCCCAGCUGCUUGUCGAGAGUGGAGGUUCUUACCAUACAUUUUGCAGAUGCCGAUGUGAAAGAGGUUGAGAACACAAGGGUAGUUGAAGUUCCCCAAAAGAAAUCCAAAUCCAAUUUCCUUCGUACAGCAGUAGCGUCAAGUGAUAUCUUUUCACCGGAAAUCGUAGAGUCGAACAAAGCUGGGUACAAGAUUUGGUCGACAUUCUUGGUUGAUGAGAGUAGAAAAAUGGUGACUCCUUUAUACACAAUUGAAGAAGAUCCGAACCAGAAGGCUGCUCUGAGAUGCAACCCUUGCAUGGUGCCGCCGAGAAGUAAGAUCAAGGAAGAUGUCUUCUCUGCAAGGGAUUGUCAAACCCCCCAUUGGAUGAUCGUAACCAAAUUCUUCUUCCGCUUGGCUCAACAAUUCCUGGAAUGAAGGCUGGUUUAGGUAAGCAAUGGGAAUCACGUAUCUUCUCUUCUCAUCACUUUCUCCCACAUAAACCGUGCAGAAACCUUUUGGAACAUCUACUGAUGAAGCAUUGUUGGAUGUGAAGGAAUUAGCCCGCUUCAAGAGUUGCUUAGCUUGAAGAACACGAGGCAAACGGAUGGCCAUAUCUCUGUUUGUAAAUUUGGAUGUAAACAAAAAAGAUACAAAAAAUGUUACAAAAUGGAGCAAGGAAUGAAGCUGGAGAUUGGUGAUUUCAAAAUUUUUUGCUGGAUUGAGCUAUGCUAUAAACUUGGAGUGGAUACACAUAUAUAUACCCUGAUGGAGAACAAAUUUGUGGUGAUGGAAAAUUAUUGGCUGAGGAAAGUUAAGUAGAUUGUGGUCCAGUUAGAAACAUAAGUAGUUUGAUGCUCACAUGGGAUUGCCUCUUCUGAUAGAACCACUUCACCAAUUUGCUAGAAAUAAGCUGCAGGGGAAGUGACCCCAUGGUUUUACUAAAUUUAGAUACGGUUAUAUGUCAUUCUGGCAACAGAAAAACCACCGAAUUCAUCAUCAUCCCGGUGCC